CGCCCCGGGACCCCGCGCGCUUGGGGCCCGCACGGCGAGGAGGCGGCCUGGACCCCGCGGCGCCCUCGACCUGGGAGCGGCGAGCGCAGCGCGCAGCUGAAGACCUCCACGGCUCAGGAUGGGGAACCACGCAGGGAAGCGAGACUUAGGUGCCGAGAAGGGAAAUAAGGAUGGUGAAACUAACAGAGGAGAAUCUGAAAAAAAGAGAAACCUUCGUGACCUUUCCCGGGAGACCUCAGAAGACAAUGACGUGUUUGAUGUGGACCAGAACAAUGGAACCCCCUUGCAGGACACGGCGGUGACAGACUCCAAGCGCACAGCGGGCCCGAAGAAUGCCUGGCCGGACGCCCACCCAGCUGACCCCGGGGGCCGCCCCCAUUUGAUCCGCCUCUUUUCCCGAGAUGCCCCGGGGAGGGAGGACAACACCUUCAAAGACCGGCCCUCAGAGUCAGACGAGCUCCAGACCAUCCAAGAAGACAGCGCGGCUGCUCCCGAGGGCCUGGAUGUGAUGGCGGCUCAGAAGAGACCCUCCCAGAGGUCGAAGUACCUGGCCUCGGCGAGCACCACGGACCACGCCAGGCACGGCUUCCUCCCCAGACACGGGGACGCGGGCAUCCUCGACUCCCUCGGCCGCUUCUUUGGCGCGGACAGGGGCGCACCCAAGCGGGGCUCGGGCAAGGUCCCGUGGCUCAAGCAGAGCGGGAGCUCUCUGCCCCCUCAUGCCCGCAGCCCGCCCGGGCUGUGCAACGUGUACCAGGAUGGACACCACGCGGCCAGAGCCACCCACUACGGCUCCCUGCCCCAGAAGGCGCAGCACGGCCGGCCCCAAGACGAAAACCCCGUAGUGCACUUCUUCAAGAACAUCAAUGGGGAUGCCGGGCAGAGACUGAGUGGGUGGCUUCUUAUACCAAUAGAUACUCGACCCUCCCAGCAAGCAGGAGCUAGCAGGGAACUAGCAACAAGCCAGGUGACACCUCGCACACCUCCUCCAUCACAAGGAAAGGGGCGAGGACUGUCCCUCAGCAGAUUUAGCUGGGGAGCCGAGGGCCAGAAGCCGGGAUUCGGUUAUGGGGGCAGAGCUUCCGACUACAAAUCGGCUCACAAGGGCCUCAAGGGGCACGACGCCCAGGGCACGCUUUCCAGAAUCUUCAAGCUGGGAGGACGAGACGGCCGUUCGGGGUCCCCAAUGGCGAGACGCUGAAGCCCUGCCCGUGUCCCGGAAUCCCGUCCGUCCCCAGCUUCUUAACACAGCUGCCUGGAAGUUAACCGCGAGCCGCAGAUCCCUAGCGUAGCCGCUGCCCCCUAACCCUGGCGACAGCGCACAGCAGGCCCCGCGCGCGGCCCGCCGGCUUCUGGCCGGCCGCCCCGCUGUCCCCGCGCCCUCGGAGAUCAGUGACGUCCCCCGAGCGCCGGGGCCGGCGACCCUCCCCCGUCGCCGGCCCCCGUCCCGCGAUGGCCCGGGGCGCGGCCCUGGGGACCACCGCGCGCGGGGCGCGCAGUCCGCGCGGCUCCGAGCUUCCUUUGGUUUCUUUCCCGGCCUCCGCCGCUCACCCCCCAAAGCCCUUCCCCUUCUAACCG